CUGGUUUUGACUCUGAAUCUUUUUCAGGAUAACAAAGCUGACGUCAUCCUCAAGUACAACGCAGAUGAAGCCCGGAGUCUGAAGGCCUACGGGGAGCUGCCCGAGCACGGGGGCGCCACCUCCUGUCUGGAUCCAGACCUGGUCCCCACAGACCCGGUUUUGGUCUCCAGGGUCCAGAAGGGUUUCCUUCUUCCUCCAUCCGAUAAAAGGCUGCAUUUAAAAAUCCUUCUGAGGAGCCCAAACUAA